AUGGCUCCGUCGCUUGGCCAACUCGCGACUUCGAAUGAUAUCUUCGACGCUUUCUGGUUCUCGUGCUUUCUUAACCAGUACUUUUACAAUCAUCAUCAAUCAAUUGUCAAAAGCUCGUCACAUUACCAUUCUGUGAAUUUAUCUUUGACGCAAACCACUGGAUCAUUGAGAAAAUUUUUCUUUCUUUCUUUCUUUCUUUCUUUCUUUCUUUCUAUUUGUGUUCCUCUUUCUUUGUAUUUUAUACAAUCCUUCUUUCUUUUUCCUUAUUUUUGUUUUUCUUUUAUCUUUUAUUUCUUUAAAAUUUUGUCUUUCUUUCUUUCUUUCUUUCUUUCUUUCUUUCUUAUCCUCUUCUUUUUUAUUCUUAUCCAAUCCCCUUCUUUCUUUCUCUUCUCUUUCUUUCUUUUUGUUAUCUUCGUUUUUAUUCUCAAACAACCCCAUUUUCUUUCUUUCUUUCUUUCUUUCUUUCUUUCUUUCUUUCUUUCUUUGUAUGUUCUCUAUUCUUUCUUUUUUAUUCUUAUACUCUCUCCCCUUUAUUUUUCUUUGGAGAAGAAGAAAAGCUUAAUCAUUCGCCUUUUUUUCUUUCUUUCUUUCUUUCUUUUCUUUCUUUCUUUCUUUCUUUCUUUCCGUAUUUUGAUACUCUCUCCACUUUAUUUUUCCUUGCAUUUAUUUGAUUUCUUUUCUAUUUUAUUCGUAUACAACACCAUUUUCUUUCUUUCUUUCUUUCUUUCUUUCUUUCUUUCUUUCUUUCUUUUUGUUCUCAACUUCCUUUUUUAUUUUUAUACAACCUUCUCUUUAUUUUGCUUCGAUUUCUUGGAAGCCUGUACAGAUGUCGUCUGUUUUCAUUUGAAGAAGCCCAAGAUCUGCUUUGCUCGCUAUCUGGCUGAUGUUCCCGGGUCCACUCUUCACUUUCAUCUUCCACUAUCUCAAUAA